AAAAAACACAGUUGCAUACACAAAAUGAAUAGAUUUUGCUCCAAAGUUUCUUUUCUUUUGUUGCUUCUUACUUUUAUUUUAACAACUUGUGUCUACUCGGAAGCUCAAAGUUGUCGUCCAAGCGGUAGAAUUGAAGGAAAGAAUGCUCCGGCAGGACAAUGUAAUCAAGAAAAUGAUUCUGAUUGUUGUGUACAAGGAAAAAUGUACACAACUUAUCAAUGUUCUCCAUCAGUGUCUACUUACACAAAAGCGUAUCUCACUCUUAAUAGUUUUCAAAAAGGUGGAGAUGGAGGCGGUCCUUCAGAAUGUGACAAACAAUAUCAUUCUGAUGACACUCCUGUUGUUGCACUUUCCACCGGAUGGUUCAACCACGAGAGUAGGUGCCUCAAAAACAUUACCAUCAGUGCUAAUGGAAAAAGUGUGGUGGCCAUGGUGGUUGAUGAGUGUGACUCUACAAUGGGGUGUGAUGAAGAACAUGAUUACCAACCUCCUUGUCCAAACAAUAUUGUUGAUGCUUCCAAGGCUGUGUGGAAAGCUUUAGGUGUGCCUCAAGAUCAAUGGGGUGGCCUUGACAUUACUUGGUCAGAUGCUUGAUAUUGUACAUUGCUGUUUCUAAGGUGUUUAAUUUAGUUAUAUUAUGCACUUUUAUUUCUCAUCUUAUUUGUAUCAUAUACUUGUUGUUAAUUAAGAAAAUACAGUACAUACCUUUAUUUAUAAAGCUCUAAUCCUAAAAUUAAAUGUGUUUUCAUAUUAAAACUCCAAAUUAUCUCUUACUAAACUUGGUUGGCAGAAUAAGAAGCAUUUUGGAAUU